AUGACCCGGCGAUGCCAGGAGCUCGGUAUAUCAUGCGUGCCAUGGGAGAGCCGGCGGCCCCCCGAUGCCGCAUCCAUCGUGUUGGUGACGCCUGAAUCCGCAGUCAGCCCCGAUUUCCAGACGUUUUUGAACCGGCUGCGGUGGACCCGGCGGUUAGACUGGAUCGUGAUCAACGAAUGCCAUGUGGUGUUGAACAACCAGCGUGAUUUCCGGCCCCAGAUGGCCCAGCUGGGCCGGUUAGUCCAGGCCCGCACCCAGAUGGUAUGGUUGACCGCCACGUUGCCCCCGAGCAUGGAGGUGGAAUUAUGCUGGCGGAUGAAGUAUGACCGGGCCGCCGUGACCAUAUACUGGGCCCGGACCAGCCGUCCGAAUGUGGCAUACUGGGUGUGGCGGCCCCCGAUCCCCGGGGUCGGCCGGGGGCCGUAUCAGUGGAUUGAGAGUGAGGCCGUGGUGGCAUUCAUUCAGGACCGCAUCCAACGGGCCGCCGGGGGCAAGGUGAUCAUAUAUGCGAAUAUCAUUGGGCAGGUGACGGCCAUGGCGCGGGUGCUGGGGUGUGAGGCAUAUUACAGUGAGCAGUUGGACAAGGCCGGGGUAUUGGCGCGGUUCAUGGGGGCCAGCCCCGUGAUCGCCGCCACCAGCGCAUUAGGCAUGGGGGUGGACAUCCCCAAUAUCCGCAGCAUCAUCCAUAUUAGGACCCCGCGGACGUUACUGGAUUACGCGCAGGAGAGUGGCCGGGCUGGGCAGGACGGACAGCGCAGUGAGGCGAUCAUUAUCCAGCCCGCUGGGUGGGACGCCCCAGCACCGUGGAUGGAGGGGGUGGCCCCCGAGGACCAGGAGCAGGUCGCCGAGUAUAUGGGGGUGGUGGAAGGCAUUGGGUGCCGCCGGGUGGUGUUGGAUGAAUAUUUAGAUGGGGUGGUGGAUGGGUAUCAGCGGCGGCAUUGCCAGGAUGCGGAUGCCAGGGAGCAGGCAUGUGAUGGGUGCGAUCCCGACUGGGAGGGGCCAGAGGUAGAUCUGGGCGAGUCAGGCAGCAUGCCAGCAAGGGACGCUGCUAGGGAGGCGCUGUUCGAGGCAGGCAGCAUGACAGUGAGGGAGGCAGUGAGGGAGGCGCCAUUCGAGCCAGGCAGCAUGCUAGCAAGGGAGGCGCUGUUCAAGUCAGGCAGCAUGCCAGCGAGGCAGGCAGCGAGGGAGGCACUGAUUGAGGCAGGCAGAAUGACAGUGAGGGAGGCCGCCAGGGAGGCGCCGUUUGAGGCAGGCAGCAUGCUAGCGAGGGAGGCGCCGUUCGAGCCAGGCAGCAUGCUAGCGAGGGAGGCGCCGUUCAAGCCAGGCAGCAUGCUAGCGAGGGAGGCGCCGUUCAAGCCAGGCAGCAUGCCAGCGAGGGAGGCGCCAUUCAAGCCAGGCAGCAUGACAGUGAGGCAGGCAGCGAGGGAGGCGCCGUUCGAGGCAGGCAGCAUACCAGCAAGGGAGGCGCCGUUCGAGCCAGGCAGCCAGUUGCCAUGUGAGCCCGCCAGUCCCACCCCAUCCAAUAAUUCAUUUUGCAGCCAGCCAUCCAUUUCCAUGGCGGUAUGGCACACCCAGCAGGUGCAGGCCCAGCAGUGGGCCGCCAUGGAUAUCCAGCAGCAGCAGCAUUGGACCCAGCAGGGUUUGGAUGAGGAGAUGGCCCAGGCCGAAUGCAUGCAGUGGCGGGAUCAAUGUUAUAUAUGCGCUAUACAGGGGGGUGAUAGUGGCCAUGAGUUAUAUGCAUGUCAUCAGCCCCACAGCCAGGCCGCACGGGCAUGGAUGAUCUGUGUGCGUCGGCAGGUCCAAUAUGCCCCAUACAGUGCGUGUUAUUCGUGCGGCAUGCCCCAAUCCAUAUGCCAUGGGUGGGAGCCGGGCCAUGCAUGUGAAUACCGUGGGUUUUUGAUCCCCAUGGUGGCCAUGAUGUUAUUUGGGCCAUGGCAGGGCCAGAUCGAGCCCGUAUGGCAGCGCCGGUUGCAGGGAAUAGGGGUUGACGGGCAGGAUGAGGCCCAGGUGGUCCAGUUUUUAGGGCAGGCACACCCCAACCAUGAGGGGCACAACCAGUUAUUUACAUCAUUUUGUUGGUUACGGCGGUUAUGUCAGGAGAUUGAGGUCAAUCAGCAUUGGUAG